GUUUUUUUAAUAACAUCACGCUUUUUUGUGUUUUAUUAAUGAAAAACGUGAUUAAUAUAGUGUAUAGGGUUUUAAUAUGUUGUAAAGUGUUCUAUUGUGUUGUUUUAAAUAGAAUUAUAGCAAAGAAUAGUUAAUAAUGGAUGAUACGAUUCAAUUGCUUAGUUCUAUGUCCCCAAAGGUGAAAGAAGGAUAUAAAGUUGCAAAGAAGGGAACAUCCGUGUUAGCCUUAAAAAAACAUUUUCGAAGAUCCUCAAUAUUUGAUAAGCAAAAAAAAACAAUUAACAAUGAUAGCUUGAUAUUUCUGGAAAGUGAUUCCGCCAAUUCUUCAGAUGUUUCAUCAAAACCAAGGCAUAGUUUUAUCAAAAACAACGCAGAACCAAUUGAAAUAUCCGAUUCAGAAAUAUCUGAAGAUGAAGUUCAAAGUACUGAGUUAUUACCGAAAGAAAAUGCACCCCUGAGCAGGACAAAAAUCCACGACAUAGAAAAAUGGAUCGAUAAAGUGGAUGUGGAGUCAAACCCUAGAAUAAACAAAAUCAUGGAUAACACGGUUUUUAGCGAAGUUUCCACGAUUUUCGGCGACGACAUCGGCGGAAAUUUUCAAGUGGAAGGGGCGGCCUGUGCCAUAAACUCCACCCAAAUUUCCACCGACGAUAGAAGAUUUGACGAGCUUUUCAGGAAAAAGCAGAUUUUAGUUAAGGAUGAUGAUUUGGAGAAGUUUAAUUUCAAGCUGGGCUCGCAAGAAGACAAAAAUGAUGUGAACAAUAUUGAUAGGUCGUUAAGAAACUUGUGUAUUGAAGAUUCUUUUGAGGAAAGAAUAAAUAAGAGAAAUAGCAAUGAAAGAACUACAAAAUGCAGACGAAGUGUUGAUAAAUCAGUACUGAAGGACAAAAAUGAUGAAAAUGAAGACAUUAAUUUGGAGUAUGAAUCUGUAUUGGAUAGUUUAUAUGGUAAAAGUUGGCGGGAAAAUAAGGAGCAGGUUUUGCCAAAAUCUGAGCCAAGAAAAGCAAAUGUUAAGAAAAAUGUUGCCAAAAAUGUCCCAAAGACUGAAAGAAAACCAAAACCGCAAAACAACCUUCUUAAAAACCUGCAAACCGCCAAGGUAGAGAAAAAAAUCUCGACCCCCUGGAUGGCAAAGUUAAAAACCCUAUGCGACCCGGAAUCUUCGCCAUCGCCGGAAACGACUCCGGUAAAAAAUAAACAACGAACCAAAUUAAACUUCGACGACACGCCUAAAGAGGGCACUGCAUCAAAGUACUUUGAUAAAAAGACACGAGCAGAUACCAAUGACAAGGAGAAUUCGUUUGAAUUUUCCGAUUUGGGGGAAACGUUGGAGGAGAGGAUCAGAAAAAAGUUGAAUAACGAAAAUCCUCUAAAGGGGAAGAAUGCCAAAACGCCAAAGAAGAAGGAAAUAAAACAACCUGCUGGGUUUAGGGAUUACAGGGAUUUGUAUGUAUCAGGUUCUACUUCUUCAAAUGAUAGUGAUAGUUUGAAGAAUGUUAAACCUGUAAGGAAAAAAACUAAUAAAAAAUAUGCAGAUAGUUCAAGUGAUGAGUGGACAACGGAUAAGUCGGAUAAAAUCGCAAUAAGUACAAAAAAAAAAUCGUGGACUUUCUUAGAAUCACUUUCAGGUAACGUCCCAAUAGACAAAAUAGACUUUUCUGUGAGAAUAUUUAGAACGAAUUUCAAAGAACACAGAACCCAAUUGGCGGACAAAUUGUUCACUCUAUACAACAAGGAAAUUUUUGACGAUACCCUGCCAGAAGACACCCCUAUAGAAUGGAAUGACAGAAUGAGGGGGUCGGCUGGUUUUUGCUAUUGCAAAAAAGUGACGAGGCGCACCGGUGCCGUAGAAAGAAACGUAAGGGUGGUAUUAUCCACUAAAGUUUUGGAUUCAGCGGACCGUUUAAGGGAUACCUUGGUACAUGAACUGUGCCACGCGGCAACAUGGCUGGUUAACAACGUUUCUGACGGACACGGGCCUUACUGGAAAGCAUGGGCUUCAAAAGCAAUGAAAAGGUUCCCUGAAUUGCCCCCAAUCAAAAGAUGCCACGACUACGUUAUCAAUACAAAAUACACCUACAAAUGUUCAGGGUGUUCAUACAGUAUCGGGCGCCAUACGAAAUCCUUGGACAUAGAGCGUAAACGCUGCGGAUAUUGUCACGGAAAGUUUGAGGUUCUUAUAAAUAAAACCAGCAAAAAAGGGGAGACCAAAUCUGUACCGGUAACGCCAAAAAGAGAACCAACAGCUUUCGCGAAAUUCGUGAAAGAAAAUUACUCCCACUUUAAAAACCCAGACAGGAAACACGGGGAUGUUAUGAGGAUUUUGGGGCAGAAAUUUGGAGAGUUAAAGACUACAUCCGCAUGAAUCAAUAAGCGGUUUAUUUAUAUUUAUUAAAUAUACGAAUAUUAUUAUAAAAUGCGUUUUAUUUGUUUACCAUA